AUGGAAAGACCAGAUUUAGGUUCUUCAAUUUCUAAGAAACGACGGAUAGAUUCUACGAUAUCCGCAGAAAUCCCAAACCUUAAGGGGGAGGGUUUUUCUGAGGUCGUCGAAUCCAUCUCUAUGUCAAGAAAAAUUGUGGACGGUAUAGUUUACCGACUAUACUUCAAGGGUUUGGUGAGCGAUGAAACGACGACAAAUAAUUCAAAGAUGGUAAAGGCUGGUUUGGGAGUUGCGAUCUGCGACGAGGCGGAUAACUUGGUGCAUGAAAAGAAGGAAUCAGUGACCACCACCAAGAAUAUUAACAAGAUAAAUGGUAGAGUGGAGAAUCUUUCGGAAACGAUGGUUUAUCUGUUGGACGAAUUAAACAGCCUUAGAGAGAAACUGGUUUCUAGUGAGAUUGUCUUGGUUUCCCAAAAUGAUGUGAAAUUUGCUUACACACUUGCAAGAGAUGCAAUAGUUUCUCAAAGCAGCAUCGGCGUUGAUGUGAUGGAGGCAGAACCACAGGGACAGGGAGAGACUUGUGUCGUUUGUCAUGACGAUACUGACCGCAGGUUCUUUACUAAUGACGCAUGCCUUCACCGUCAUUGCUUUACUUGCGUGAGUAUUUUGGUGGAAGUGGAGCUCCUUGAAGGAGAUUUGCCCACAUGCCUUGAACACGGAUGCAAGUCUCAGAUCAGCCCUGAGAGCUGUAUCCAAGUUGUGCGCCCAAAUCUGAUUGGUAUGUGGAAACGAAGGAUCGAAGAGGAGUCGAUCCCUGCUGCUGAGAGGAUCUACUGCCCGUAUCCAAGGUGCUCAAUGCUGAUGUCCAGAACAGAGCUUUUCAUUGAAGGCGACCAAUCCAAUGUCGUCAGGGCAUGUGUCAAAUGCCGUGGACUCUUCUGCGUUGAAUGCAAACUCUUGAUGACUUGA